AACCCUGACGGCGGGGGAAGGGAGAGUGCGUGGUGAAGUGAUGGCGGGCGCCUAUGGUUGCGGCCUUGUCCUGUCACUCUGGUCGCUACUGUGUCUGCUUGUGUUGGCGAAGAGCGAGGAGAACAAGAAUUUUGAAGAUAUCAGGUGCAAGUGUAUUUGUCCACCAUACAAAGACAACGCAGGUCACAUUUAUAACAAAAAUGUAUCGCAGAAGGAUUGUGACUGCCUACAUGUUGUUGAUCCCAUGCCAGUUGCUGGACAAGAUGUUGAAGCUUACUGCUUGAGAUGUGAAUGCAAAUAUGAAGAAAGAAGCACAGUUACAAUUAAGGUAACAAUCAUCAUAUAUUUGUCUAUUCUGGGCUUACUGCUGCUUUAUAUGAUUUAUCUGACAAUGGUGGAACCCUUGCUGAAGAAACGUUUGUUACGUUCCCGGCUGCUACAGAAUGAAGAUGACUUUGGGGACACACAGCCAUUUGCCAAUGCCCAUGAAGUGCUGUCCCGUUCUCGGUCACGCUCCAACGUUUUGAAUAAAGUUGAAUAUGCACAGCAGCGCUGGAAGAGACAAGUUCAAGAACAAAGGAAAUCGGUCUUUGAUCGCCAUGUUGUCCUCAGCUAAAAACACUGCCUCUUAAAGUACAUGCAGGAAAAUAGGAAGAGAACAGUCAGUGGACCUACAGAAACAAACUGUCUGACAAUUUUCUUUGUGUUCCUGUCCUACCUGCUCUUGGAAUUUUUUUAAUCUUUGGUUAUUUGAGAAAAUAGUAUAGUAAUCAUGUCAGUAGUUUGCUAUUAUUUCAAUAUCAUCAUUUCCACAUAAUUAUUUUGAUAGUUUUCCCCCUAAAUUAUAAUAUAGUUGUGGAACAAAUGCCACAACAUAACAAGUGAUAAAUUAAUUACAAAGUGGAGCUAUAAGUUAAUAUUUUUUCCUGGAUGUUUUAAUCAUGGUGCAGUUACAGAAAAAUUAUUUGGCAAUAACACAGGACAUUGACAGAAGACUAAAACUUGCGGCUCUUGAUAUAAUCAUAGAAUGACUGUUAUUGAAACUCAUUCUUUUCGGCGCUCUCCCAGCACUCCCUGUCCUGGAGGAAGUGCCUAAGAUUUUUGUUGACACCCAACACCUCCUUUUCAUUUUUGUUUUUAAACUAACAUCUUUUAAUGAUGUAGUGACGCCUAAGGAUGAUAACUGUAAACAUAAUUAUGAUGAUAAUUAAUCAACCAUUAUGGUAAGGGGUACAUGUUUCCCCACCACCCCCUCCCCUGGGAACUGUUUGCAGCUUAUUAGAUAUAUUGUAAAAAUAUUAAAAUGCAUAACCUACAAUUACACAGGUGAAAAUAACUAGUUUUGAUCAUAGUUGCAGACCCAAACAUUACAAAAAUAGCCUAAUAACAUUUUGAAAAAUGGUGCUAGAGUUACAGAAAUUUUUACACCAGUGUUGAUUCAAAAUGCCUUGUUCUCCAUUGUACAGUUAAAAGAAGGAUUUUGCAGUUGAUCAGAAAUCUUAGUUUUUCCUUGCCCUUCUCUCCUGAAGACAGCAACUGAAUCUGAUGCACAGUUGCAUUAGUGCCAGCAACUCCCUUCCUGUUAAGUUGCUCAAGUAUUGGUGAUGACAUCGUAUUGGUAAGCUAUUCCACUGUGGGAAACACCAUAGCUAUUCUUAACCCUUUCCACACCAAACAUCCAUGUGCAUUUUCUGGUAGAGCUUACUGAAUGCUGGUUGGGAGCAGGCACUCUGACUAAUUAAUCCCCCCUUCACCUCAGUAAUGGGCACGGGACCAUGUGUAGUGUCUUUUCUCCUCACCCCCGUCCCCUUAUUGCAUCAAAUCAGCCAACUCAAUACAAUGAAGAGAUUGAAUCAGAGAUCACCCUGAUCUGUAUCAUUCAGUACAGUGACACACAAUAUAUUUACCCAAGAGGAGCCUUAGCCUUAAUGUGUAAUUAGAUGUUAACACAAUAGUGGCCUGUGUUUUUUUUCUAUUAUUAUAGUAUUUUAAGCAUUGCUUCAAAAAUCUCUGAAAUACAUUUUUUUUCUUUUCAGAUGGUCGCUGGGCUAGUAGGUUUCUGUCCAUAUUGUUUUGUAACCAACUGCCAGGGGCUGUUGGAGUACCUAAAGUUACUUUGACAGUUCUUUUUCUGUUGACUACACUCCACCACCACCGUCCCAUACACAUGCAAUAAAUGGCAUAAUUGAAACUAACUUGCCAAGUGAAGAAAAAUAGGCAUCAUGACCUGCCAAUCAAUGUAUAGCAUGUUACAGUCAUAGUGUGCUGCACCAACACUUUCCCGGUCUAAUUUUAACUGUUCACUGAAUGCCACUUAAAGUUGUGAGAAAAUAGUUUGCUUAUAAAAGCAUAUGUGUUUUUUUUUAAACUGGCAAACUCCUAUAUUGGACUCUGAUGAGACACUAAAUUUCUGGCAUAUUUAACUUGGGAUCAAAACAGAUCAUGCCACAAGAAGGUUUACAAGAAGUAAGGCAUUAAGAAACGCAAAUUGCAAGUACUUAAAUACUACAUUCUGCACAAUUAAUGACUAAAAUGUGGAAUUGUUUAGGAAUUGAUUAGAACUACAUAAUACUAGUGCUUUAAUUUAGGCUGUUUUUCUCCCUCAGUGAUCUCCCCACUUCCACCCUUCUCCUUCCUAAUGAUACCAAUGUGUAUAUACUGGGACCUAAAUUUUGUUUUUAUAAGCUGCAAUUAAUAAAUAAAAAAUGACUUUUAAA